AUGGGUCACGGCUUUGCCAUCUUCAUCGUCAUCAUCGUAUGCGUUCCACUUCUCGCCGCAGUGGUUUGGUACAUGUACCGCUACAUGCAGGCGCAGCGGUUGGGCCUUCCUCCUCCGCACAUCAAUCCCUUCUCUCACUCGGACGGGAUCUCGGGCGACACUGGAAUCGCGGGCUGGUUUAAUGAUAAAUUCCGAUCCAUCAAGAAUCGUCGUACGGCAGGUGGUGCUUACGAAGGCGCUGUGCCAAGAGGAGCUCGAGGUGGGAGAAGAGGGCCACUGGACCCGGACGAAGCAUGGGAUGCUCGUGUCGGCACCGAGGCUGAUGUUUAUGGUCCUGGUGGAUACUACGAAGAGCAAGAACUAGGCCUACGUGAUGACCACGAGCCGUACGGAGGCAGUGGCUAUGGUUACCACGGAUCCGGAUCGAAUCCAGACGGAGCUCGUGGCCGUAGCCGUAGCCGGGAUGUGUCGGACUUUGUCGGUGGAGGUCAGAGCGAACUGGACCGUCGAUAUGAUGAAGAGACGACUGGAAGGGGGCGACAGCCGCGGGACCCCUUUGACGACUCGAACGCAGCUGAGGCCGGCCACGCCGGAAUGAAUUUGCGAAGUGUGAGUCCUAGACCAGUGGAGGUAGAGCCACCUAUUCUUAACCCCAAAACCGCCUCGGGAAGAGGAAAUGAGGAUGGUGCUAAUGAGAGACGGAGCAUCUUCAGUGAGCAUAUGAGUUGA